CAUUGCCGACACAUUUAAAAACAAAACAACAUUUUUAGGUUAGUUUUCCAUGAGGAAUUUGUGCAAUUUUUCAAGGCGCCUCUAUUUAUUUUAAAUUAUACCACAUUUUUUUGUUCCCUUAAAAUGGUGCAUGCUGUAUCAGAAAUCGAAGACAACGAAGACGGAAUAAGACCCGUUAUCAUCCAAUUCCAAAACAGUGAAUUACAAGAAGGCGAAGAAGGAAAGCUCCACACCGGGAUAUACCAAAAGUCCCCAAAAACAACAAUCGUCGGGGUAGCCACAAAAAAUAUAUUGUACACUGGUGAAAUCACUAAAGACGAUGAGACAGCCGAUUUAAAUAAUCGGUUUCUUUUAAUUUCGAAUCGCAAAACCGGAAAGGUGCGCCUGGUGGCAGUAGACACAGCUGUAGUAACCCCCCAGUGCCAGCCAAAAAAAUCCAGCGAUGUCACAGAUAGUUCAACGCUUAACCCUAAUAAUUCCAUAAGCCAACUAAAUAAGGAAUUUGGUUCUAAAAAGAUUAAACGUAUUACUGAACAAAGGGAAAGGUUAAAAAUGAACAUUGAAGAUGUGCAAGAACAGUUGGAACAAACAGUAGCUAGUGUCAAUUUUACGGGCUCUGAGUCAUUUGUAGUUGAAUCAGCAGAAAAUGAUAGCGCGUAUCGACCUCCGAUAAAUAGAGAUGCUUCAACAAGAGAGCAAGUGUAUGUUUUACAUGACAUAGUGCCAGAAAAUGUUUUAGAUUCUUUAGAAGAAGAAGCUACAAAUGCGUUGUCCUCAGAUUUGGAUAAUAUAGAGUUGACUCCAUUUAUUAAAGAGCGACUAACGGAACUGCAAAAUUCGACCUCUGAUAGUGUAAUAGGUACAGCAAAAAUUUUACUUUAUGUUGAUUAUUUGAUGAAGUUCAUUAAUAAGCCAGCUAAAGCUAUUACAAAGAAAUUUGUAAUCUGUCAGUCAUCAGUUGAUGUGAAUAGUCACAUUUUAGAUAACUUUUCUGUAGUUUCCAACACGGGGAGAACCCGACCAUUGUCAAUGAGGGACAAAACUAUAUGUUACAUGGUUGUAUUGUUAAUGAUAGCCCUUGAUUAUCAAGUGAAUAUGGAGGCUCUUUCCAAGAAUAUUAAGUUGGGUGUUAAGAAACUUCAAGAAAUGGGUAGAAUUUUGGCAUUCAGUGCACAUAGUAAGGAUAAAAAUGUGAUGAUUUUGAAGAUACCGCUACCACCAGCUGUGUCUCUUUCUCCAAGAAAACGUAAAAGAUAAUGUUAGUGAAUUAGUGGUAAAAUAAAAAUAUUUCUAAGUGUUAUUGUUGACCAUAAAUGUUAUUUGUCUAUUUUGGUUGGAAUACAAAAGUUCCUAGGUA